AUAUCUUCGUUCCUCCCGAGCAGGUGAUAGAUACGGUCGACCUGUAUUUCAUCAAAGAAAGACAGCGGCGUCUUUCGCUCAAAUUCCUGGCCUGGUUUGUGCUGCAGGAGAACAUCCAGACGGAGACUCACGACUCGAUCGAGGACGCACGGACGGCGCUGAGGUUGUACAAGGCAUACCAUCGCUUCGAAGAGGAGGGGACGUUCGAUCAGAAGCUCGAGGAACUCUAUAGGGAGGGAAAGAAACAUAUGUGGAGACCGCCACUAUCCGUAGCGCCUUCCAAGCCUUCAACCCCGACAAACUCAUCAGCGGGCAGCCCGCCCCCUUACGGACAUCAUCACCUUGCGGCGUAUCACCCGGCCCACCUGCGCCGGCCCAUGCUCCAAAAUGUGCAGGGGAACAACUCUUUCCCUGCUCCCAUCCAUUCUGCGCCUCCUGCCUCUGGGGUCUUCUCACCUCCCCCGAAUCCUUUUGGGCCGCAGACAUGGCGGAGUCAUCGAUGAGCCCGCGUGUUUUUGCUUCUUUACCUCUCAUUUAUACAAGAACAGGC